AUGGCAUCAGCCUCUACAGCCUUCUUCGGUUACAUCAAAAUCGAAGACAGCCCCGAACCAGAGGUACUCGGCGCUGAACCUACCACGCUUCCUGUGAAGCUACCGGCACCUAUCAAAACCAGAGAUCCGGAAAACUUCCUGAAACGAUGCUCAGGUCUUUCCAAGAAGACAAAUCACCGAUGCGGCGUUGUUAUUGGGAAGAAGUCGCAAAAGGACGCUCAUCCCACAUUUCUGCCUACGUGCAGCUCGCACCGUGAUCAGCAAAGCCUUGCUGGAUGGUGCCAGUUCAUGUGCUCGGAUGGAGAGAGGUGCGGGAGGCUUUUCAGAUGGCGGCCGCCAUACUUUGAGCUUUGUGAUGAUCACCGAGGUCAUCCAGAUACGCCCUGUUACUUCCUCGAGCAGCUGCCACUUGAGCUGCGACACGAAGUCUACCGCUAUCUACUGCCUACUGAAUCAAUCGGCUCUUCAACUGCUGCUGUUCAUCGAGAAAUUGACGGGGAUUCUUUUUCAACCCGCAUGCUCAGCUUUCGUACAAAUAGCCGCUUUCUGCGGCAAUCAUCGCCAUCCGUGUCUUCGGGUCUGGCACCACCACUCGUAGCUGCAUUUCCCAUGCGACUCACAGACCUCCUUCUUGUAUCCCGUCAAAUCCACGACGAAGUAAAAGACCUGCUCUUCAGCAUUGUCACCUUCAAGAUUGACGUCCGCAAAGACGGUGCGUUCAUGUGUGGUCGUCGACUGUUGGAACCAAAACGGGCAGAUGGAUCUUCGCACAUGAUGGCGGAAGAGGCCGACAAAGCAAAAAAGAAGUUUCUCACAAGCUUUGCUUGGGCAUCGGUAAAGAAUUACACUGUGGAUAUCUUGUUGGAGAAUUGGGGUGAUGCGUAUCCUCGCAUCAAUCACGGUCUCAACCCUCCUUGGGAUGAGGAGGUCGAAAUCUACGACAUCAGAGGUAGGCAGCUGAUUCUUACUCUCGACGUCUCACUAAAGGAAGCAGAUUACGUCUCUGUGGUCGUCUCCGGCAUUCUGGCCAAAUCGAAAAAGCUCUUCAAGCUACAAGUCCGACUUGGGCUAGAUGAUUUCCAAUGGGACGAGUAUGAGAUUUUGUCAAACGCCAAAUUAUUAUUUAGCCCGUUUGAGCGAUUACGAAAUGUACGACAGCCGAGCAUUGGUGGCGUUUUCGAUGGCCGACCGAAUAAUAACUCGGUGUACUCCGUGAUACCGGGCACUUCUCAGAUCUAUUCUGCGCCAACAGGUCACUACGAGAACUGCUGCUCAGUGCCCUCGAUGCCUACCAACAAACCAAUGCUAGUAGCCGGUAUGCCAGCUUUUGAUGCUUAUGCCGCCGAAUGGAAGCACCAAGUCUCCUCAGAGAGCUCCAACGCCAUCACGGAGGAACCGCCUAUUCGGAAAAUGUUUACCGAAUUCCGCAACUUUUACAGUGAACUGGCCAACUACGUACCAGAUGUAGCAUUUAGGAAUGGAAGGCAUACUUUCUUGCAUCGAGCGAGGGUGGCGCGCGAACAGGAAGACGUCGUAGCAUUCCGUGAGAUAAGAAAUGAGCUGAUUCACUAUUGGGAGGCUUACAAAGCUGAUGAAGAGCGGAAGAAGCGGGAAAUGGACAAACGCUUGGGAAAGCUCCUCGAAAGCGACAUGUAUCCUUCGCACGAAUGGGAAGAUGCGAGUCCAACACGACCUCAGUCGCCGUUUGGUCAAAUCGCGCAAUCUCCCGUGCUAUUGGACCCUGAUAAGAUGGCUCAAGAGGGUAUCCCUAUGACGGGAAACUCUGGCGAAACGAGACCAUAUACAUCGGACCAGCACAUACGCAUGAUGAAAGCCCAGCAACAGCAAAGCAAGAUUAAGCCAUCAAACUUUGGAAGUCAGCAGCCGCAACAACAACAGCAGCCACAAAACCACACUUCUCCUCUCCCUCCUCCUCCCCCUUUCCCUACCCAACAUCAACACACGACCAAUGGAUCGACGAGCGUCCCAAGAAGAGGCCAUCCGACACUCUCAGACUACGCAUUCCAACACCAACAGGUCCUUCGAGCCCAGGCGCAAGCCCAACAAGCCCAACAACAAGCCCAACAACAAGCCCAACAACAAGCCCAACAACAAGCCCAACAACAAGCCCAACAACAAGCACAUCAGCAGCUCCAUCCGCGCCUGACAGGAAAACAGCAAUACCAAGCCAAACAAUACGCUCUCUUCCAACAAUCCCGCGACUGCCUCGCCAGACUGACUAGACUCAAGAACGAAGAAGGCACGAUUCGUCAACACGCAAACCAAGUACUAUCUUCAAUGCGCACGAAGCAGAAUCCUGCAGACGUGGCCAAACUCCAGCACAAUUACAAGUUACAGGCCCAUGGAAUGACGCUGGCUGUGCUGGAGGCACAGAGGAAGUACGAUGAGGUCGAGAGGGAAAGGAGGAUUCUGGAAAACUGGUUAUCGAGGACGACAAUGGCGGCGGGAGCGCAGAUGCAUACCAUGUUGGAGGUGGGUGCGAGGAAAGAUCAAGUACUACUGGAUACAAGUGAAUUUUUCAAGGAAAAGACGGAUAAAGACUCGUCGGGGUCAAAAGAAGAGGACAAGGGAGAUGAAGAGGACAGCUCAAAUGUUGUGUUUGAAAACGAGGAUCUGUACUCUGAUCCGUUCCACAAUGACAUUUCUGCACGGCGGACAAAAGAGGAGGAGGAGGGCGCAGAGCGUGAGAAGAGGGGGCGCGAGUGCGAUUCUGCGGGUACUUCUAUUACUACUACCGUCGACACCACGACUCGAACCCCCGAUUCCUACAUGGGAGAUAAAAGGCCAAGCAGCCCGGGCAUGUCUGAAGAGGAUCUCGACGGAGCGCAAGUGAGUGUAGAAGUGGGAGUGGGUGUGCCAGGUCCGUCCGUGACCAAGAGACGGAGGAUCGACUCAGGGUUCUAUGAGACAAUGGAGUGUAACAUACACUCGAGCUCGGAUGACGAGCGGAGACGAGAAUCGGAAGAUGGGUUGAGGGUGUCGCAAUUGCGGAUCCAGUGUGAGUGGAACGGCCCGUCCUACAUGGGGAAAGGGAAGGGGAGGAUGCAAGGUAAUGGCGAUGUUGAGAUUGCGUCUAGCCGGGAUUGA